GACAAAGGGCUUUUUGGGCGCCAGGAAAUCCGCAAAAAUGGUCAAAUCAUACUUGAAGUACGAGCAUAGCAAGUCUUUCGGCGUUGUCGCAUCCAACACAGCAAACCUCGCCUGGGCUCCCCAAGGCAGAGCUGGCAACGGCGCCGGCCAGGCAAUCGUAGCCGCAAACGAGGAUGUCUUGUGCUGGGAUAUAAAGAAAGGCGAGCUUCUCAGCAGGUGGCGGGACGAACGAAACACGGUACCCGUUACUGCGAUUGUGCAGAGUAAAGUCGACACAGAUAUUUUCGCCGUCGGAUACGAAGAUGGAAGCAUUCGGUUAUGGGAUAGCAAGAUCGCCACGGUGAUUGUCAACUUCAACGGACACAAGUCGGCGAUUACGACACUGGCAUUCGACAAGUCGGGCGUGCGAUUGGCCAGUGGCUCCCGCGACACCGAUGUCAUUAUCUGGGAUCUCGUGGCUGAGGUCGGCCAGUUCAAACUGAGAGGACACAAGGAUCAGAUCACAGGACUGCAAUUCGUCGAGCCGGAGGGACAGGUCGAAGAUGAGGAUAACACGGCAAUGCUGGACAGCGACCCGUCAGCGGAGGGCUACCUUCUUACGACCGGCAAGGACUCCCUGAUCAAGCUCUGGGACCUGUCCUCGAGGCAUUGCAUCGAGACACACAUCGCACAGACGAACGGCGAAUGCUGGGCAUUGGGACUUUCUCCCGACUACAGCGGUUGCAUCACGGCCGGAAACGACGGGGAGCUGAAGGUGUGGUUUCUGGAUACAACAGGACUCGCCGCUUUGAAGGGUCAGGUCGACGCUCCGCAAAAUACGAAAUUCCUCCACGACAGAGGGACCUUGUUCCGUCAGCACAAGGACAAGGCUAUCGAGGUGGUCUUUCACCCCCGCCGAGACUACUUUGCAGUCCACGGCGUAGAAAAGGCCGUGGAGGUAUGGCGCAUAAGGUCGGAGGCAGAGGUCAAGAAGUCCCUGGCCCGGAAGAGGAGAAGAAGACGUGAGAAGGCCAGCAAGGAAGGAAAAGAGGAGGCCGAUGCUGCGCCUGAGGGAGAGGAUCAGGCAGAGGAUAUCUCCGUCGCGGAGGCUAGCGACUUUUUUGUUCAGUACGUGAUUGUCCGGACGGGCGGCAAGGUGCGAUCGGUCGACUGGGCGGUCAAUGGUGGGAGCAAGGAAAUACACUUGCUGGCGGGGACGACAAACAACCAACUCGAGUACUACAGCAUACCCACGAAAGAGGGCGCCAAGUCCAAGAAGGAGGAUGUGCCCGACUACACGCGGUCGCUGGCCGUGGAACUCCCCGGACACAGGACAGACAUCCGCGCCGUGUCGCUCAGCUCUGACGACAAGAUGUUAGCGACGGCCGCCAACGGAAGUCUGAAGGUCUGGAACAUCAAGACGCAGGCCUGCAUCCGCACCUUUGAGUGUGGUUACGCUCUUUGCUGCGCAUUCCUGCCCGGAGACAAGGUCGUCGUCGUCGGAACGAAGACGGGAGAGCUCGAGCUCUUUGAUGUUGCGUCCGCGAGUCUGCUGGACAGCGUCUCUGCGCACGAGGGUGCCAUCUGGUCAUUACAAGUUCAUCCCGACGGCAAGUCGGUGGCAUCGGGUAGUGCCGACAAGUCAGCCAAGUUUUGGGACUUUAAGAUUGUCCAAGAGCCAGUUCUGGGCACCACGCGUACGACACCUAAGUUGAAGCUGGUCCAGUCAAAAACACUCAAGGUGUCCGACGACAUCCUCUGCGUGAGAUACUCCCCCGAUGCCAAGUACAUCGCCGUCUCCCUCCUCGACAACACCGUCAAGGUCUUCUUCACCGACAGCCUGAAGCUCUACCUCAACCUCUACGGCCACAAGCUCCCGGUGCUGAGCAUGGAUAUCUCGUACGACAGUAAGCUCAUCGUCACCAGCUCCGCCGACAAGAACAUCAGGAUAUGGGGCCUCGACUUUGGCGACUGCCACAAGGCCCUCUUUGGCCACCAGGACUCCAUCCUGCAGGUCGCCUUCGUCCCCCACAACUCGGACGGCAACGGCCACCACUUCUUCAGCAGCUCCAAGGACCGCGUCAUCAAGUACUGGGACGGCGACAAGUUUGAGCAGAUCCAGCGCCUCGACGGCCACCACGGCGAGGUCUGGGCCAUGGCCGUCGGCCACACGGGCAACUUCCUCGUCACGGUGGGCCACGACAAGUCCAUCCGCGUCUGGGACGAGACGGACGAGCAAAUCUUCCUCGAAGAAGAGCGCGAAAGGGAAAUCGAGGAGCUCUACGAAAAGACCCUCACCACCUCGCUCGAGCGCGACCCGGACGCCGAGGACCAGGAAGGCGAAGUCGGCGCCGCCUCCAAGCAGACCGUCGAGACCCUCAUGGCCGGAGAACGCAUCGCCGAGGCCCUCGAGAUCGCCAUCGCCGACCUCAACCUCCUCCAGGAGUGGGAGGACGCCAAGAAGACGAACCCGUCCGCGCCGGCGCCCCAGCGCAACCCCAUCUUCGUCGCCCUCGGCAACAUCACGGCCGAGGCCUACGUCAUGAGCGUGCUGGGCCGCAUCAAGGCCUCGGCCCUCCACGACGCCCUCCUCGUGCUACCUUUCGCCUCCGUGCCCAUGCUCUUCACCUUCCUCAACGUCUUUGCCCAGCGCUCCAUGAACAUCCCGCUGACCUGCCGCAUCCUCUUCUUCAUGCUCAAGACGCACCACCGCCAGAUCGUCGCCAGCCGCACCAUGCGCGGCAUGCUCGACGGCAUCCGCGCCAACCUGCGCGCCGCGCUGAAGCGCCAAAAGGACGAGAUGGGCUUCAACAUUGCCGCGCUCAAGGUCGUCGGCAUGCAGCUCCAGGAGAAGAGCGUCAAGGACUACGUCGACGAGAACUGGGAUGAGGGCGAUGAGAGCCGGGCUGUCAAGAAGCGGGCGUUUGUGCAGGUUUCGUGAUUCUCAAACCCCCG